AUGCGCUGGCUGCACUGUGCCCAUCUGUGCACUGGCUGCACUGUGCCCAUCUGUGCGCUGGCUGCACUGUGCCCAUCUGUGUGCUGGCUGCACUGUGCCCAUGUGUGCGCUGGCUGCACUGUGCCCGUCUGUGCGCUGGCUGCACUGUGCCCAUGUGUGCGCUGGCUGCACUGUGCCCAUGUGUGCGCUGGCUGCACUGUGCCCAUCUGUGUGCUGGCUGCACUGUGCCCAUGUGUGCGCUGGCUGCACUGUGCCCAUCUGUGCGCUGGCUGCACUGUGCCCGUCUGUGCGCUGGCUGCACUGUGCCCAUGUGUGCACUGGCUGCACUGUGCUCGUCCGUGCGCUGGCUGCACUGUGCCCGUCUGUGCGCUGGCUGCACUGUGCCCACGUGUGCGCUGGCUGCACUGUGCCCAUCUGUGUGCUGGCUGCACUGUGCCCGUCUGUGCGCUGGCUGCACUGUGCCCGUCUGUGCGCUGGCUGCACUGUGCCCGUCUGUGCGCUGGCUGCACUAUGCCCGUCUGUGCGCUGGCUGCACUGUGCCCGUCUGUGCGCUGGCUGCACUGUGCCCAUGUGUGCACUGGCUGCACUGUGCCCGUCCGUGCGCUGGCUGCACUGUGCCCGUCCGUGCGCUGGCUGCACUGUGCCCAUGUGUGCCCUGGCUGCACUGUGCCCAUCUGUGUGCUGGCUACACUGUGCCCCGGUGCCCACUGA